CGGGCCAGGCUGUGGGCAUCCCGGGGGCCACCUGCCCAGAGAGAGGGCUGGGCAGCACCCACAUUGCACGGUCCUCCUGGGUGCCCCCAGAGCCCGCCGGCCCGCCCGCCCGCCCGGUGGAGUUCCAGUGGGAAGGGGGCGGGGGCCGCAGGGACCCCCUUUGGCGGCGGCGGCCUCCUCCUCCUCGCCGGAGCCCCCUCGACGCCAGCGCCGCCGCCACCCGCCCCUCUCUCGGCCUCGCCCGUUCUCUUCCGCCGCCGCCGCCGCCGCCGAGGCCCCGCCCACCACCCCCAGGCUCCUCCUCCUCCGGCCUGACACCGCCCUCCGCCUCGUGGUCUCCGCCGCCCCGCCUGCCCCGGCCUCAGCGCCGCGCCGCGCCGCGCCCCGCUGUGUGCUGCUGACUUCUCUGGCGGGUACCAUGAGCAGAGCCAAGGCGUCCACACCCGUCGCUGCCUUCCCUCUGUGCCAGGACGUCCACACCGAUGCCCACCGCCAAUUCCUGCAGGCCCUGAUGUCUCGGGGCGCAGUGGACAGAGUGCGGGCUGCCACCCUGCACCGGCAGUGCUGCGAACUGCAUCGGGUCCAUUAUGCGGCAGACAAGCUGGAUGAGUUUAUUGGCGUGAUCAACCGUCAGCUGCAGCCCCUCUCCAUGGAGAUCCGGAAAGGCAAGGAGGAAGAGUCCGGCCAUACGUGUUAUGCGCUGGUGAAUAUGGCGGAAACCGCAGUGACUCGAAUGGCGAGUGACUACACUGAAACAGAGCUGGAGCUGUUCAAGAAAACAAUGCACCAGAUCGUCUUGUCCGAGAAUGGCUUCGUGUCUUCCACGAAGAUGCUGAACGUGGCUGACCAGCUGAAGCCCAAGAAGAUGAGGAAGGGGGACGCAGAGCAGGUGCUGCGGCGUCUGGUCCAGGAGAAGUGGCUGUCCGAGAAAGAGGGAGAGUUCACGCUGCACGCCCGCUGCAUCCUUGAGCUGGAGCAGUACAUCCUCAGCCACUAUCCGGACAUGGUCUCCAAGUGCCACAUCUGCCACACCCUGGUCAUCCAGAAACAAGUGUGCCCGGACUGCGGGAUUGCCACGCACGCCCACUGCCUAGCCAGAUACGUCCAAGCGCAAACAGAGCCCUGCUGCCCUCACUGCAAGCAGUUUUGGCCUCAAAGGGUUCCAGAGCUCAGCCAACCGGCUACUCUGCCGUCCACCAGCACCUCUAGGUAGAAGAGUUCCUGCAGGACCCAGGUGACAGUCAGGACGCCGGGCAAAGAAUGCUCUCCCUCCUCCCCAGUCUUCACAGAGCAGGAAGGAGCCGCUUUGGGCCGGGUCAGCGGAGCUGCAGUCCCCCUUGGGCUUCUGCCCUCAGUGUUGUUUCUGGAAUUAAAAGUUCUGCAGUAUUUUCCUCCAAA